UCCAGAGUGGCUCUCAGCACAGUCGGCUCUCAAGCAUUCCACGAUGAUGUCCAAGACUCUUAUUGCAACUUUGGCUGUGGUUCUCUUCGGGAUGGCAGCAGCUGAUCCUGUUGCAGAUCCUGAACCAGGUCACUUCAGAGGGGGAUUCCAUAGAGGCUUUGGUAGAGGCUUCGGUGGAUUUGGUGGAUUUGGUGGACACGGAUUCGGAUAUGGAGGCUACCGUGGAAAGAGGAGCCCAGUAGCUGAGCCUGAAGCCAACCCUGAGGCUCUGGCUGACCCAGAACCCGAAGCAGAUCCUGGACACUUUGGUGGAUUCCGACGUGGAUUCGGAGGAUUUGGUGGACACGGAUUCGGUGGACACGGAUUCGGAUAUGGAGGCUACCGUGGAAAGAGGAGCCCAGUAGCAGAACCCGAACCCGAAGCUGAGCCAGGAUUCCAUGGUGGAUUCCACCGAGGUUUUGGAGGAUUUGGAAGAGGAAUCGGUGGAUUUGGAGGAUUUGGAGGAUUUGGAGGAGGCAGAUAUUAUGGUUGAGACAAAAUUGUAAAGUUCUUUCACCUUUGGGUAUCAGUCCCAAUAAAACAGAUUUUUAAAA